CUUUGUACUCUGGAACUUUCCACAGUGAAAAUUGUAACCAGAAUCUACCUUUCUCAAUAUAUUCAUCUGUGGCAAGAAGAUAGUCAGCAUGAGUACUACAGGAAAAGUUAUCAAGUGCAGAGCAGCCAUACUCUGGGAGGCUGGCACACCGUUUUCUAUUGAGGAGGUAGAAGUGGCCCCACCAAAGGCAAAGGAAGUUCGCAUAAAGAUUGUGGCCACAGGGCUCUGUGGUACAGAAAUGAAAGUGUUGGAGGAUAAAGGCCGUUUUCCUGUCAUUAUGGGCCAUGAAGGGGCUGGAAUAGUCGAGAGUGUGGGAGAAGGAGUGAGCACACUGAAAGCAGGUGAUAAAGUUAUCACACUCUUUCUACCACAGUGUGGACAAUGUGCUGCUUGCGUUAAUUCUGAGGACAACUUUUGUAUACAAUUCAAACAGUCAGAAACCAGCCUGAUGUCUGAUGGUACCAGUAGGUUUACCUGCAAGGGAAAACCAGUAUAUCACUUUGCCAAUACAAGCACCUUCACUGAAUACACAGUGCUAAAAGAAAUCUCAGUUGCUAAGGUUGACGCAGCUGCACCUCUGGAGAAAGUAUGCCUCAUUAGCUGUGGUUUUUCCACUGGAUAUGGUGCUGCAAUCAACACUGCCAAGGUGACCCCAGGUUCCACCUGUGCGGUGUUUGGCCUUGGAGGAGUUGGCCUGUCUGUUAUUAUGGGCUGUAAAGCGGCAGGAGCGGCCAGGAUAAUUGGGGUGGACAUCAACAAAGAUAAAUUUGAGAAAGCAAAAGAAGUGGGUGCCACUGAGUGCAUCAGCCCACAGGACUUCAAGAAACCCAUCCAAGAAGUUUUAGUUGAUAUGACAGGUGCUGGUGUGGAAUUUUGCUUUGAGGUCAUCGGAAAUCCAGACAUGGUGGCAGCUGCCUUUGCCUCCUGCCAUGAGAGCCAUGGAGUCUGCGUGAUUGUUGGGCUCUUGAAAUAUGGUGUCCAACUCAAUAUCAAUGGCUGGUUGUUCUUCUCAGGACGUACGUUGAAGGGAUCUGUUUUUGGAGGCUGGAAAAGCAGAGAAAGUGUCUCUAAACUGGUUUCUGCUUACAUGGCAAAGAAGUUUAAUCUAGAUCCACUAAUUACCCAUACGCUGAGUCUUGACAAAAUCAAUGAAGCAGUUAAAUUCAUGAAAACUGGAAAAUGUAUCCGCUGUGUCCUAUUACUUUAAGAACGAUGUAAUGAAUGCAAGAUCUACAGCAUAUUUCAUCAACAAAAUUGUAUUCUGUAUAAUUUUCAUGAUUAAGAAGAAUUGUCCACACUGUAGUGUUUCUAUUUUCUUGCCUCCAAUUCAUUCAGCAGUGCAUCUGGCUCAUGCCACCACCACUUCAUCAAAAUUGUUCUUAUGUGACCUAGUGUCACCCCAGAAUAACCUCUCUGAUGGAAGGGAGGAGGGGGUCUUCAUUACAUCAACUUAAAUAAAUCCCAGAUGAACAUUAA